AUGGUUGAUAGAACAAGACUUAGAAAAAUUGACAAUGAGUUGUCUCGUCUUGAGGCACAAAACUCCAAUUUUCAAGAACGCACGGAAAUCCAAUUUUCUCCUAUUUCUAUGAAACCUAGUGCAUUUUGCAUCCCUCCAAACCAUGGCAACCCUGUCGCACAACCUGUUCCCACUAGUGCAAAAAGGGGCUUUUAC